GAUGACCAGGUACAAUGUAACUAUGACUACUCAAUAUAGGCAUGGUACAUGCGUCGUUGAGAUUCAGGUCAACCUAAAUACUUUCCAACUAGUAUUAAUGACACAAAAAUAAUAAAAAAAAGCAGCAUUUUACUCGUGCUUCCCCUUUGCCCCAAAUCAACAAUGGCAUCUGAUGGGUUUAGGCCGUUGGACGAGAAGUCACUAGUGGAGUACAUAAAAUCGACUCCUUCUUUGGUUUCAAUUUUGGGGAAACAGUUCGAUAAACUUGAAAUCAAGGAAGUUGGUGAUGGAAAUCUCAACUUUGUCUAUAUUGUUGUUGCCCCAUCUGGUUCGAUUGUCAUCAAACAGGCUCUUCCUUAUAUUCGAUGCAUAGGAGAGUCAUGGCCAAUGGCAAAAGAACGUGCUUACUUUGAAGCCACUGCACUAAAAGAGCAUGCUCGUCUGUCUCCUGAGCAUGUACCUGAAGUUUACCAUUUUGACAGGACUAUGUGUUUGAUUGGUAUGCGCUACCUUGAACCUCCUCAUAUUAUAUUGAGGAAGGGAUUGAUUGCUGGGGUUGAGUAUCCAUUGCUUGCACAACACAUUUCAGACUAUAUGGCAAAGACUCUUUUUUUCACCUCCCUGCUUUAUCUUACGACAACGGAUCACAAACGUGCAGUUGCUGAGUUUUGUGGAAACGUCGAGUUGUGUAGGCUCACUGAGCAGGUUGUCUUCUCGGACCCCUACAAAGUGUCCGAAUAUAAUCGCUGUACAUCUCCUUAUCUUGAUGCCGAUGCAGAGGCAGUUCGCAACGAUAAUGGUUUGAAGAUUGAAGUUGCUGAGCUUAAAUCCAAGUUUUGUGAGAGAGCCCAAGCUCUUAUACAUGGCGAUCUCCAUACUGGUUCUUUGAUGGUCACUCAUGAUUCAACCCAAGUAAUUGACCCAGAAUUUUCUUUCUAUGGGCCAAUGGGUUUUGAUAUUGGAGCAUUUAUUGGAAAUCUAAUUCUGGCGUACUUUUCCCAAGAUGGACAUGCAGAACAGGCCAAUGACCGUAAGUCAUAUAAAGUUUGGAUUUUGAAGACAAUAACAGAGACUUGGAACCUCUUUCACCAAAAGUUUCUUGCACUCUGGGAUGAGCACAAGGAUGGUCCUGGUGAGGCUUAUCUUCCUGAAAUAUACAAUAAUACUGAGCUUCGACAACUGGUAAAGCAGAAAUAUAUGAAAGAACUCUUUGAGGACACCCUUGGAUUUGGUGCUGCUAAAAUGAUAAGGAGAAUAGUUGGGGUGGCUCAUGUAGAAGAUUUUGAAUCAAUCAAGGAUGUUGCCAAACGAGCUGAUUGUGAGCGACAAGCGCUCAGCUGUGCAAAGAAGCUUCUGAAAGAAAGACGAAACAUCAAGAGUAUUGAGGAAGUUGUUUCCACAAUUGAGCAAGUUCAGUUGCAGUAAUGUCUUAAGUUAAAAUGGAUGAUCAUGUAACGCCUUUUGACGAAGCGUUGAUAUGUUUGCUUUAUGACUAAGCAUUCUGGAGUCUAUUAAGAUAUAUAAAAUGCAUAUUGAUGAUAAAUAAUCCCCUUUUAGGUAUACAUUAUGCAUAAAAUGGUGAGUUUUCUUUGCUCAAUUGUCAUUCUAUUGGUGGAGGAACAUUAUCAUUUCCAGUUUAUUUCAGCACCAACUUCAUAUAUUUUCACAUUCUGUUCUAUU